AUGGUGCACCUUCCCGGAACCGCAGAUACGUCGACGGCGGACGAAGACCGUCUUGCAGAACUUGGCUACAAACAAGACCUCAAGCGUGAAUGGUCUUUAAUCCAUAAUUUCGGAGCUUCCUUCUCAAUUAUCAGUGUUAUUACUGGUAUUACAACUUUGUUUCAAUAUGGAUUGACUACGGGUGGUCCUGGAGUCAUGAGCAUUGGAUGGAUUGUUGUCAAUUUUUUCACCUUCUUCGUCGGGCUGGGCAUGGCGGAGAUUGUCAGUGCGGUGCCGACAAGUGGCGGCCCAUAUUUUUGGGCAGCGGUGCUUGCGAGCGAGAAAUGGGGCCCUUUCUGUGCCUGGGUGACUGGGUGGUUUAAUCUCCUCGGUCAGGUAGCUGUAACAACAGGUAUUACAUUCGGGGGGGCGAACUUGAUCUCGACUUUAGCGACGGUGAAAGGUGGCUACGAACCUACCCCUGCCAAAAUUAUAGGGAUUUAUGCGGCAUUGCUUUUCUCUCACGCUGUUGUAAAUACUUUCGGAGUCAAAAUCCUCAAGUAUCUCAACAAUGUUUCGAUUACAUUGCAUUCAGUCGGGAUCUCUUGCAUUGCAAUCGCAGUCCUUGCAAAAGCGCCCAAGCUUCAAUCCGCUAAAUUUGUGUUCGCCACGUUUAAUGACUCUACUGGUGAUCCGGGAUGGGGCGAGAUAGCUAGCCCUGCCUAUGUUGCAAUUAUCGGUAUCUUGGUCGCCCAAUAUACUAUUACAGGAUACGAUGCAUCAGCCCAUAUGUCCGAGGAGACAAAGGAUGCGGCCCGCGCCGCUCCAUAUGGAGUUUUGAUGUCACUUGCCGUAUCGGCAUUCUUUGGCUUCUUUAUCAUGCUGGCAUUCCUGUUUAGUAUACAAGAUUUUGAAAGAACAGUUGGAAGCGAUUAUGCACAACCGGUGUUGCAAAUAUUCGUUGAUGUCUUUGGGGAGAAUGGCGCCAUUGGGUUAUUCGCGGUGAUUAUAAUAUGCGUUUGGCAUUGUGGGCUGUUCUCACUCACUAGCAAUAGCCGCAUGAUGUAUGGCUUCGCCCGUGAUGCUGGUUUGCCAAGGUGGUUUGCUCACACGGACCAAAAGUUCCAGAGCCCAAUCCGCACAAUUUGGCUUUCUGCAUUUUUGGCCUUUUGUCUGGCACUUCCCUCCCUUGGGUCAGCCGUGGCCUUUGCAGCCUGCACAAGUAUCGCAACAAUUGGGCUGUAUCUUUCAUACGGUCUCCCAAUUUUUCUCGGCCUUCUCAAUCCUACACGCUUUAAACAGAUCAAAGGACCUUUUGAUCUUGGAGUUUUGUCGGCCCCAGUUGCAGUUGUAGCCACGCUUUGGAUUACAUUUAUCACUGUUGUGUUUUGCCUGCCCGGAAUGUAUCCGGUUUCACGCGAGACUCUUAACUAUACCCCAGUCGCAGUUGGUAUUAUUGCAGUUGGCUCGAUCGGUAGUUGGGUAUUUUGGGCAAGAAAUUGGUUUGUUGGGCCGAUUCGGGAGAUUGAAGCAGAAAGGCAAGGGAUUGAUAUCAAUGAUGAUGAAGCCCUCGCAGAGGCCGAGAAGGAAGGGGUCAUACCACACGCUACCAAGCAAGCCUGA